AUUUACAUCUAUGUGCUUUGUGACCUGUUUUAUUAAAUCAAAAUGGAGUUAUUUGUCAUUAAAAUUUAAAAUGUGGUUUAUUUCAAAAGUUUUUGUACCUAGAAGUACUGGGAGCUGGCUCUGGCACUGCCCGAGCCGCAUAUGCCAAAGGGGCGAGGGCGAUCACGUCGGUAGUCGCAUUCUGGUUGCCUUUGACUUUGACCAGACCAUUAUUCAGCAAGACUCGUAUCUGGCGGUAAGCCAACUUCUGCAGAAAGCGAGGCGCAACAUUUCAUUGCUCCAAAUUAUACCGAAGUUUGGCUGGCAGACCUAUAUUAAUUGCGUGCUCCAGCUGCUGCAUGAAAAGCACAAAGUUGAUUCAAGUACAUCAGUCGGACAGCACAUACGCAGCAUUCCGGCGGUGCCAGGUAUGCUUCAUCUGAUGCGGCGCCUGAACAGAACUCCUACCGUCGACAUGUGCAUUAUUAGCGAUGCCAACUGGUUUUUCAUUUCCGAGUGGUUGGAGUCGUACGGCAUCAGUUGCCUGUUCACCGACAUUAAGACCAAUGCUGCCUGCGUUCAGACGGACGGUAUGCUGCUGAUUCUACCCUACGAAUACCAAAUCGGCUGUGAUCUCUGUACCCGUAACCUGUGUAAGGGAGGCGUGCUGCAGCAUUUGCGACGUGGCGAGGUCUAUAAGCAAGUAAUAUACGUUGGCGACAGCUGUAAUGAUCUUUGUCCCAUGAAGAGCCUCCGUCCCGGCGACGUCGCUUGCAUUCGAAUCGGGUUUGAGCUGCACAGCAAAAUGGUGGCACAUGGCAAAAUGCUGAGUUGCUCGGUAGUGGGGUGGCGAGAUGGCCACGAGCUGGAAAAGCGCUUGUUGUCAAGAAUCGCUUGGUGAAUGAAUAGGAGCAAGGCAAAUAUGUUAGCUUUAAUG